AGAAACUAAAUGUCGGUAGGCGACGUAACAAAUAUGGCGGAAGGUGCAAGCGAGAAAAGAAAACAUGAAACUGAAAAAUCCAAAAAUGAUGAAAAUCCAAAGAAGAAAUUUGCUGGUCACUGGAGUCAGGGCCUUUUAUCUUCAAUGGACGACCCAGAACUCAUUGUAGAAAAAGAUGACAAAAUGACUAUAAUAAAAGACAAAUACCCAAAGGCAAAGUAUCAUUUCUUGGUGAUGCCUAAAGAGACUAUCCCAAACCUGAAAAGUUUAAAACCGGAUCACUUGGACUUGCUGAAACAAUUUGAAGAGAAAGGGAGAGCACUUGCCAAGAAGACGGAUGCUAAACUGAAGUUUAGAUUUGGAUACCAUGCUGUACCUAGUAUGAGCCACUUACAUAUGCAUGUGAUCAGCCAAGAUUUUAACAGUCCCAGCCUGAAGACCAAAAAACACUGGAAUUCUUUCACUUCAGAAUACUUUGUAGACUCUCAUGAAGUUAUAAAAAUGUUAGAGAAAGAUGGGAAGGUUCACUUUGAUGUCAAGGAUUCCAAAACAUUGUUGGAACAGGAGUUAAGAUGUCAUGUGUGCAAGAAACAACAGAAGAAUAUGCCUACACUAAAGGAGCAUAUAAAACUUCAUGACUAUACUAUAGACUGAGUGUUGUGUACAGAUAAACUGGUUAUCUUUCUCGACAUCUGGUUCUCUAACAGAUCUGUGAUGACAACAUCUACAUUCACAACUUGUUUUGGCUAGAGUUAAAGUUUAAGACUACUGACCUACCCAAUGUGGAUUGGGAUUUCAACUGGCACAGCCUCGAACUUCACUGUAUGUGUGUACAGUUAAAAUAAAAAGCAGUACUCAUUAGAUGACUGUGCUCCAGUUACACAGAUGUAUUAAGAUCUAACGUUAGAGCAAUCUGUACAAAAUAAAAUGUUGUAACUCAUUUUGAAAUUAAACUUUGCUCAAAUUUGAAAUUACAAAAUAUUGAUAAUUCUUACACAGUCUCUUUGUAAAUAUAAGGUAAACUUGUUUUGAUGUCACCCAAAGUAGAUAUGUAAUGUCUUAAAUUCAACACACUUUGUAUGGUCACAAUAUGAAUAUGGUAUAUAGUGUAUUGCAAUUUAUUUUUAAGAAAAGACCAUCUUUACUAGGGAAUGCAGCUUCCCGCACAUAGUUUAUUCAUUCUUUUAUUCAAAUUAUCAAAUUAAACAUAUCAUAUAAAUCAAUAAAUUUCUGUGAUUAAAAUAUUUCACUCAAGGAUGAGCAUGAGUAUAUCUUUAAAUAAUAGCAGAAUAAAAGUGCAUAAAAUUCAAAAAGUUUUAUUUUAGAGAGAUAGACAUACAUGUAUAAAUGAGCUGUCAUGGGAGAGUAACUUUUAAUCAGAUGAUUACUUGUCAAGAAUUAUUUGUGUGUUAGCAUGUAGCUCGUACAUUUGUGUAUUUCUUACAUGCAGUUUAAUAUGCAAUUCUUGAACUGAGAAGUAGAGCUGUCAUUGAGUCAGUGCAAAGCAUAUUGACGAUACAUUGAUAUCGAUGACAAAUAUCAACGAUACACUGAUAUAUCGAUAAUUUCUCCUUAUUUCUUGUUUGUAAUUCACUUUCAUUCAUGUUUAAAUGAUUAUAGUAAAAAUCAUGUUCUGUUCAUACAAAUAUGUUGUGUCCUGUUUAUAAAUGUCCUUUGCAUGAUUUUUUUUCUUACCAUUUUUCGUCAUCACUGCUAUGAAAUGUGUUCAUUUUUAUGUAAUAACAGCUUAGUAUUUGACAUGGCCACCUGCUUUUGUGUAAGUUUUGGGUGAAUUUUAUUUUUUUUAAUAAUUUAUUGAUAUUGAAAUAGUAAUCAAAUUUAUUAAUUUUUUCAAAUGUGUAUUGAUUAUUGAUCAACAAAAAAAAAAUCAAUAUCAAUGACAGCUCUAUUGAGAAGUAAUCCAGAAUCAUUAUCACCAAUUUGGUUUAAGUUUGACUGCCAUAUCUGCUGUUACUCUGUUAACUUUGGACUGAUACCGACACAUUUUGAAAAUGAGUCACUAAAAAUUUUGAGAGUUAUGGAAAUUAUGCAUAAAAUUUUCAACAAAAAAUGUUAUACAGUAUUCUUAUCAGGCAUUGCAUUUCGUAAAAUCUUGUUUAAAAAGCAUUUUUAGAAUAAAUGCAACCAAUCUGAAAUCAAGCUGUCUUCACAUUUUACCAGACAUAUUUUUGUAGGGGGAAAAAGA